UUCUUCUCUUUGCAGUGGGACUCCAUUAAUGAGAUGGACGAAUACUUUGCACCCAUCCACACAUAUCAAGUGUGCAAUGUGAUGAGCCCCAGUCAGAACAACUGGCUGAGGACAGGCUGGAUCCCACGGGAGGGAGCCAGGAGGAUCUACAUCGAGGUCAAAUUCACACUCCGAGACUGCAACAGCAUGCCCGGAGUCCUGGGCACCUGCAAGGAGACUUUUAACUUGUACUACUUCGAGUCGGAUCGUGCAGUGGGCUCAACCAUCAGAGAAAACCAGUUUAUCAAGAUCGACACUAUUGCUGCAGAUGAGAGCUUCACUGGAGUGGACCUAGGAGUGCGGAGACUCAAACUCAACAAAGAGGUGCGUGGGGUGGGCCCUCUGUCGCGGAGGGGCUUUUACUUGGCCUUCCAGGACAUAGGUGCCUGCAUUGCCCUGACCUCCGUACGCGUGUACUACAAGCGCUGUGUGGGAGUGAGCCGGAACUUGGCCGUGUUCACAGAUGUGGUGACGGGUGCAGAUUCCUCCUCUCUGGUGGAGGUCCGAGGGCAGUGUGUGGACCACGCCGAGGAGAGGGAUACACCCAAAAUGUACUGCAGCGCUGAGGGGGAGUGGUUAGUGCCCAUCGGACGCUGUGUGUGCUCAGCGGGCUUUGAGGAGCACCGUGACUCCUGCGUGGCGUGUGAGGUGGGCUUCUACAAACCUGUGGCGGGGGACGGUCUGUGUGGGAAGUGUCCUCAGCACAGUCACUCAGAGACCAGAGCGGCCGUGUCCUGUCCCUGUGACUCCAACUACUACAGAGCAGCGGACGACCCCCCUGCGGCCCCCUGCUCACGCCCCCCAUCUGCACCAGUCAACCCCAUCUCCUCUGUCAAUGGCACCUCUGUCAACCUGGAGUGGGACAGGCCUCUGGACACUGGGGGGCGCUCUGACCUGCAGUACAGUGUGCAGUGUCUGAGGUGCUCUGGAGAGAGUCCCUGUGAGGACUGUGCGUCCUCUCCAGCUGUUGUGCGCUUCAUCCCUCGGCAGACAGGACUCACCGAGCCCUGGGUCACUGUGCUCAACCUUGCGGCUCACAGCAACUACUCUUUUCGCAUCGUGUCCUCCAAUGCAGUGAGCCACCUGAGCAAUGAGCCGCUGCAGUUCUCUGUGGUCAACAUCACCACGAACCAGGCAGCCCCGUCUGAGGUGAUGGCGGUGCGUCAGGAGAAUACCAGUCAGAACAGUGUGACUUUAAUGUGGCACGAGCCCGACCAGCCCAAUGGAGUCAUCCUCGAGUAUGACAUCAAAUACUACGAGAAGGAUCAUGAGGAUCAGACUUAUUCUACCCUCAAGUCCAAAAACACCAGUGCUCUGGUGUCAGGGCUCAAGCCGGGAACUAAGUACAUCUUCCAGGUCAGAGCCCGCACCUCUGCUGGGUGUGGGCGCUUCAGUCAGAACGUGGAGAUCCAGACUGGGAAAGCAGUCCCCCUGCGCUACAACACCAUGACCAUCCUCUGGAUCUGCAUGGGCCUGGUGUCUGGCCUGGUAGCCUUCAUGGCCAUCAUCAUCUGCAGGAAACGACAUUGUGGCUACAGCAAAGCGUUCCAGGACUCGGAUGAGGAGAAGAUGCAUUACCAGAACGGUCACGUGUCAUUCCCCGAUGCAAGGUUCUAUAUCGACCCACACACCUACGAGGACCCCUGCCAGGCGGUGCAUGAGUUUGCCCGAGAAAUUGAAGCCUCCCGGAUCAAAAUUGAAAAAAUCAUUGGCUCAGGGGAGUUUGGAGAAGUGUGCUAUGGCCGCAUGAGGUUACCGGGGAAACGAGACAUUCCCGUGGCCCUGAAGACACUAAAAGCGGGCUACACCGAGAAACAGAAGAGGGACUUCCUGGCUGAAGCUUCGAUCAUGGCACAGUUUGACCACCCCAACGUCAUCCGCUUGGAAGGGGUGGUCACACAGAGUAAACCCGUAAUGAUCAUCACAGAGUACAUGGAGAACGGCUCGCUUGACUCUUUCCUCAGGCGGCAUGAUGGACAGUUCACUGUGAUCCAGUUGGUGGGGCUUUUGCGGGGCAUCGCAGCGGGCAUGACCUACCUCUCAGACCUGGGCUACAUCCACAGAGACUUGGCGGCACGAAACAUCCUGGUCAACAGUAACCUGGUGUGUAAAGUGUCCGACUUCGGCCUUUCCCGAGUGCUGGAGGACGACCCUGACGCGGCCUAUACCACCAGUGGAGGAAAAAUUCCAAUCCGCUGGACUGCUCCAGAGGCCAUAACAUACAGAAAGUUCUCCUCUUCUAGUGACGUGUGGAGCUAUGGCGUGGUCAUGUGGGAGGUGAUGUCUUAUGGAGAGCGACCGUAUUGGAAUCUCACCAACAGAGAUGUGAUCAAAUCUGUGGAGGAGGGCUACAGGCUGCCUGCUCCCAUGGGCUGCCCCGCUGCUCUGCACACGCUCAUGCUCGACUGCUGGCAGAAGGAUCGCAACGAGAGACCGCGCUUCUGCCAGAUAGUCACUGUUCUCGACAAGCUAAUCCGCAACCCAGAGAACCUCAAGUCCAUGGACACUCUCUGCAGUCUAAACAGCCCUCCUCUGAUGGAGAGGGCUGCCCCUGACUUCAGUAGCUGUAACUCAGUAGAUGAUUGGUUGGAUACCAUAAAGAUGGGUCGCUACAAAGAGCACUUUGCAGCAGGAGGGUACCACACUUUAGGACAUGUCGUAAGCAUGAACCAAGGGGACAUCCAGAGGCUGGGGGUGACGCUGAUGGGACAUCAGAAGAAGAUCAUGAGCAGCGUGCAGCUGAUGAGAGCACAGGUGCUCAACAAGAGUGUCCCCUCUGUGCAUGUAUAACUGCAGAGAAAACCCAGACCCACACCUGGGGGACUGCCAAUACUCAAUACAGAGGCUCCAACCAAUGGAAAAGAAUUGGACCAGACUUUUACCUUAAGAGUUCAACUAUGUCAUUGACAGAGCAAGAAGACUUCUUAUGGACAACCAUUCAUUAUUUCCUUUUUGGUGCAUCAUGUCUUUUUUUGAAACAGGAGAGACUGCCUUAAAAACCACAAAACUGUUUUGUUUAUUGUCUGCAAGAGAAUACAUUAUGAAUGCGUUCAUGAAUUACUAAAAGCAGUACAUACAGGUACAGGGUGUAGUGGCGUGAACAUGGGAUCGUUUAUUCAAGUUGGUGAAUGAUGUUGUAAAAGGUGAACGGGAAAAGUGAGAUAGGGCUCACCCAAGUUGCCAGAUAGUCUUCAUAGUGGAGAAGACCUUGUUCACCCCAGGCUAUUAAUACCAACAACAGGCACACCUCUGCAGUGUCCACAUGUGAUGGAUGACCCCAGCAGAGCCCCGGAGCCCUCUACCCAGUGUAAAACUGAAGAAUGCACAAUUGCUACACGGACUCAAUGAAUGGUGCACUUUAUUCUAUAGUAAGCUCCUAUCUGUCUACAGAGCUAUGAGAAGUAUGUCUCGAGUGUUUUUGGUUUGCAUUUACUACUCGAGCUAAAACUGUUGAAAUUGUACUUUAAUAUGUAUUUAGGCAUUAUAUGAUAAGGCGGGGUGCUUGUUUGAGGAAAAAUAUAUAAUAGAAGAUAAUGUUUGGUAACGUCAAAGGCAUAAUGCACAAAAUGUAAUUUUUAAAGUGGGUUUUUGAAAGGGGACUGCAACAAAUAGGAACUAGAAUAUCUUUCAAUCUACAUAUCUUUAAAAACAUACACAGACUAUCAUCUCCAAACAGAUUUUAGUGUAAUAUCUGGAAAAUCAGUGCAGCUACAUUUGAGUAACUUUGUUAACUAUUUUUGCUGUUUGUCCUUUGAAAAAGCUUUAUAGUCCUGAAGAUGGCACCUACUUUUCUGUAUGAUCAGGUUUGUUGUGCAAUUCAAUAUCAUGUUCUUCCUGACCGAUCUGUGCAAUUAUUUGUUUUUAUUUGUUACUUUACCCAAACACUAAGCCACUAGUGGAAAUAGCAGCUAAAUAACUCGAUUCAAAAGCACAAGUGAAAACACUUAUAUAGAAUCAUGACAAAACCCUAAAAUUUAUUUUUUCUCCAAACAAUGAUAAAUAAUAUUUUAAAAGUAUUUACAUUAUUUCUUUUUCAUAAAGUAUAUGUGAUAUGCACUGUGUCUAAACAGGGUAUAUUAUUGCCAAAUGUUUUUUAAAUAUUGUAGCUAAUGCAGAGCUUUGACCUGUCAUUUGUCCAUGACUAUUUUUGAUGCCUGUUAUAUAAUAUUCACUACUUCAAGAGGAGCUCCACCGAUGCAACAGCACUCCAGAAAAGUGUGCAAUGAUUCAGUAAACAGUACAGAGUGUGCACAUUUCUAUAGUAUAUGGUGCCAAUAACCUACACAAACUGCACAAUCAGCUGUUCUUUACAAACUCAUGUGAAUUCACUGAUGGGCUCUGUGUUGAAAGACAUUUUAGAGUGAAUGUUUAUCUAACACUAUCUACAUACAGCUAUGUCCACACCAAUGCAUAAAAUGACUAUUUUUGUUCAGGGCAAUGGACCACCUCCAUAAUAUCUGAUCUUUCCCCCAUGUUUUGUUUUUUUUUCUCUCUGAUUUGAAGGCAUGUAUUAGUGUGGACAGAGCCCUGGAUCCUUUUUGUAUCAUCCAGAGAAUGUCUUCUGCGCACUGCACUCGGUUGUCUGAAUGAAUGACAGCAUCUGAGAAGAACCUUUUUCUUCUGGACAAUGUAUAAAAGACAAUUCACAAUGGGUUCUUCAAGAUGCUUUUAAAGACACUGGACUUUAACAAAAAAGGUCAUUUUUAUAAAAUUAGGGUGUGUUUUUGCUAGAUGAUUUAUAAUGUACACUGCAAGUUCAGUCACUGCAGAAGAAGAGGAAAAGAAUUCACAUUUUAUUUAUU